AUGGGUGACAGAUGGUGGGUGCAGUGCGUAGGACGGUGUGCUGGUGCUGGUGUGCCGUGCUGGUGGUGGUACGUCGUGCUGGUGUGCCGUGUGCUGGUGCUGGUGUGCCGUGCUGGUGGUGGUAUGUCGUGCUGGUGCUGGUGUGCCGUGCUGGUGCUGAUGUGCCGUGCUGGUGCUGGUGUGCCGUGCUGGUGCUGGUACGUCGUGCUGGUGUGCCGUGUGCUGGUGCUGGUGUGCCGUGCUGGUGCUGGUGAGGGCCGGGGGCCGGUGCUGGAGGUGAUAGUGUGUGUUUGUGAGGCAGGUGAGGGCCGGGGGCCGGUGCUGGAGGUGAUAGUGUGUGUUUGUGAGGCAGGUGAGGGCCGGGGGCCGGUGCUGGAGGUGAUAGUGUGUGUUUGUGAGGCAGGUGAGGGCCGGGGGCCGGUGCUGGAGGUGAUAGUGUGUGUUUGUGAGGCAGGUGAGGGCAGGGGUCCGGUGCUGGAGGUGAUAGUGUCACGCACAAACUUCAUCUCGCAUCACACGCAACGGAAGCUCCGCAUCGUCGGCCUGAGCACCGCCGUGGCCAACGCCAGGGACCUCGCCGACUGGCUCGGCAUUAAGAACGUUGGGCUGUUCAACUUCCGUCCGUCCGUGAGACCGGUGCCCCUGGAGGUGCACAUCGCUGGGUUCCCUGGCAAGCACUACUGCCCCCGCAUGGCGACCAUGAAUAAACCCGCCUUCAAAGCCAUCCGCCAGCACUCACCCGACAAACCCGUGCUUGUGUUCGUGUCUUCCCGCCGCCAGACCCGUCUCACUGCCAUCGAUCUCAUGGGCUUCGUUGUUACUGAAGACAACCCCAAGCAGUGGCUGCACAUGCCUGAACAUGAGCUGGACCAGCUCAUUUCUACGGUGAAGGACGAGAACCUGCGCCUGUGCCUCUCCUUCGGCGUGGGCAUCCACCACGCCGGCCUCGUGGACAAGGACCGGCGGCUCGUCGAAGAGCUCUUCGUCAACCGCAAGAUCCAAAUUCUGGUGACGACUGCGACGCUGGCUUGGGGGGUCAACUUCCCUGCUCAUCUCGUCAUCAUCAAAGGCACGGAAUAUUUCGACGGCAAGACGGGCCGCUACGUCGACUUCCCCAUCACUGACGUACUGCAGAUGAUGGGACGUGCCGGCCGACCUCAGUUCGACGACCAAGGCGUUGCCGUCAUCCUCGUACAUGACCAGAAAAAACAUUUCUACAAGAAAUUCUUGUAUGAACCUUUCCCUGUGGAGUCGCAUCUUCUCGAGGUGCUGCCAGACCAUCUCAACGCUGAGAUCGUGGCAGGCACGGUGAGCAGCAAACAGGAGGCGCUCGACUACCUCACGUGGACGUACUUCUUCAGACGUCUUGUCCAGAACCCGUCGUACUAUGGCCUGCAAGACGAUGAGGAAUCUUCGUCAGGAGGCUGCAACCCUACGAAUCGCAUCAAUCAGUUCUUGUCUGACGUGGUUGACAAAGCAAUCUCCGAACUCGAGGAUUCAUACUGCGUCCAACUCGGUGAAGAUAACCGAUCAGUUGAGGCUACAACGCUGGGCAAGAUCAGCUCUUUCUACUACCUCUCACACAAGACCAUCCAGCUGUUUAAGGAGACCCUCACUAGCGACAUUUCGCUGGAGAAGCUCUUGUUGCUGCUGACGCUGGCAUACGAGUACGCUGAACUGCCCGUGCGCCACAAUGAAGACAACCUCAACGAGCAGCUGGCCAAGCAGUGCCCUCUGCCGGUCAACGCGUGCACCUUCGACUCCCCUCACACCAAGACCUUCCUGCUCCUGCAGGCAUACAUGACCAGGCUCCCUCUGCCCUCUGUCGACUAUCUUACCGACACUAAGUCUGUCCUCGACCAGAGUCUCAGGAUACUGCAAGCGAUGCUGGACAUGGCGGCGAGCGCUGGGUGGCUGGCGACGGCCCUGCUCACCCAGCUGCUCAUGCAGAUGAUCACCCAGGCGAGAUGGGGGACAGACUGCACCCUGCUCACCCUCCCCUACAUCACCCCCGCCAUCCUCCCCGCCUUCACCCACCCCAAGACCAGGGCCGCCAUCCUGUCACUGCCCGAGCUCGAGCACUGCAUCGCCUCCAUCACUGGAGGAGAGCGUCGCACGGCAGGCGCGCUGACCACGAUGCUGGGGGACCAGCUCAGCGCCACACAAAUUGACACCAUCGCUCAGGUAACUGAUGGUGGUAACUGA